UGAGAACUGAUGUGUUGAUGAUAUAUCUUUAUCUUUUAAACCUUCAGACAAAAAAUCCAACAGUACCAGGCCAUAGCCAAGUAUAUAUCACAACAUGUCAUUCAUCCGAGUUGGAAAACCAUCAGGUGGCCUUAGACGCAAACGUUCUGGUGUCCGAAAAAAGCCAGCGUGGGAUGACAGUAUACAAGAUUUGUCUGUGCACAGAGCUUCUUUGGAAGACCAGAUGUACAGAAAAGUAAUCCAUGAGUCGAAGAACAGUUUAAAGGCAAGACUGGAGAGAUUGGAAAAGACCCAGAAGAAAGGGAAGUCCCCCAAAGCCACAGCACGACAGAUGGCAGUGAUGAAAGAGAUUCUGUAUGACCAGCAGCAGCUUCAUGAUGUUCUGUCCAAGUCAGAUGAGAUGAUGUCUGUGGUACAAGAUAUAUUCGGGGAUAACCCUAAAAGGUUUACUGGCUAUCCCAGUGUGACAGCUGCCCCAGGAAAUGGCGAGACCUCAAAGCUGGUGAGUUUAGAUGCUGAUGUGCAGACACAGCUGGAGAUGCUCAGUCAGUCAAUCAUGGAUGGCACAGCUCUAAAUGAAUCCACAGAGGAGGAGGAAGAGGACAACAGUGAUGAUGCUCCAGAGCCUAUUGUCUACCAGCCUCGUCUAAACCUGGACAGAUUUCACCAGUUUCUGGCAGCAGCCCAGGAACAGAAUGGCACCCUGAGUACAAUCAGCGGUGGGGCUCCUGUUACGAUAAGCAACGGGGCCGGGCCCAGUCACAGCACUAAACUUCCUGAGGGCUCAGGCUUGUCAAAGGAUGGUAGUAUAUUUGAAACUCCACCUCAGAAAAAAGUUCCAUCCAGAUUACAGUCUCCCAAGUCAGCAGCAAAUGACACAGCUAAGAUUAGACGCUCUAAGAAAUGUGUGACAUCUGACGAGGAUGGGACAUCAACAGCACCUCUGAGCUUAACAGAUUUAAAACAGGUACUGAUUAGUUUACAGUGUGACAUCAGGGAGUUAGAGCAGCAGACUGGGCGCAGCUCAGAGGCAGACCAACCGCACAGCGAGUCCUUCUCUGGCUACACAAUGGCCUUAGUAGAUUCAGUUAGUCGCCUAACUCGCCAUCUGAGAGAGACUGACAGAAGACUUCAGGCUGAGAUGACCAUAAGAGAACAGUUAACCCAGGAUGUGGUUCAGCUCAGGACAGUGGUGGAUGCCCUCACUUCAGACAUCAUCCUGACACAAGAAGAAUAUGCUAAGGUUGUGACAGAGUUUGGCACAUAUAAAACUGAGACACAGGCUGAAAUGGAGGCUAUCAAGGCUAUGUUGGUGAAGAUGUCUCAAGGACAUCCUGUUAAAAGCAUGCCAUAUGAGGAUGUGUCCCUGACCACUGGUCAACCGGCCUCUCCCCUGGAGUUCACCACCCCCCCUAAACCCACUCAGCAGCCACUAGGUGAAGCUGGUGAAUGUGUGAGUGAUGAGGCUAGCCUUCUACCUCCAUCUCUGGUGAGGCAGGGUGACAUCUUACAGCCUGCUAUACUGCUCUCCCCACCUGUACAGAGGACACGUUUACCUGACUGUAGGCCAGUACCGCAGACUACUGCAAACAACAGAGGUGUCAGUAAGCUCUCUGAAUCCAUGCCUUUCCAGCAGGCUCCUGCCCCACCAACUGCUGUUGUUAACGUCCCAAAACCAGUGCCUCUUGUUCAGACCAAUAUUCCUGUUAACUUCUUCAAGAGACAAGGAUUUAAGCUGCUAGAAAGACAAGGGGAUGCGGCACUGGACCAACAGCCAGACAGGUCUACUCAGUCAGAAGCUACUUCACAAAAAGUAAAUCCACAUGUAGUUCCAUCCAAUCAGAGCGAACCUUUGCACCAACAGCCAGUCAGGUCUACUCAAUCAGCAGCUACUUUUCAUCGAGCAGAUCCACAUAUAGUUCCAUCCAUUCAGAGCGAACCUCUGUCACUAACCAAUGACCCAAGUCGUGAAAGUAUCCCAGUUUCUAUAGGCCAUUCAGCUAGUGCCUUCAGAAGUGUGAGUGGUCAGUCUGUAGCCUCUUUAGGUGGGGCUUCAAUUUCAGCCAAUCGAGUUGGAGAUGGACAACAACAUGGCCUACAUGCCCAGAUUGGGAUUGGACAGAGUAGUAUGACUCAAGAAAGUGGCGAUUCAAAACCUGUAUCAGACAACCCGCUUCUGUCUGCACAGAUUGCGGAGCUCAAUCGGCAACAUGAGGAGGCACAGCGGCGAUUACAGAUCAUGUUACAACAACAACAACAAUCGCUGCGCUUGCGCUCUGAGGAGUCUGACAAGCAGGCUAGUGGUCCCCAGUCUUUGUCUUCAGACAGAUUAAAACAGACCAAUGUUGUGCUGGAUCAGGUGUCCCCAGACGUGUCCCCGAUCUCUGAGCGCUCAUCAUCUGUAAGAGGUUGUCUUCCAGCCAAAUCACAACAGCAGAUGUUUCCUGCAAACCAGAAAACAGGUGUAGGGUUGAAGCCUCAGCAUAUUUCUGUGUCUGUGCCCACAGUGGAACUAGACCUGUCGGGAUUUAGUGAUGUCUCACCCAGCCCUCAACUAACUACAGCCUGUCAGUGAUGAAGGAGGCAGAACUGUCAGGGUUUAGUGAUGUCUCACCCAGCCCUCAACUAACUACAGCCUGUCAGUGAUGAAGGAGACAGAACUGUCAGGGUUUAGUGAUGUCUCACCCAGCCCUCAACUAACUACAGCCUGUCAGUGAUGAAGGAGACAGAACUGUCAGGGUAUAGUGAUGUCUCACACAGCCCUCAACUAACUACAGCCUGUCAGUGAUGCAGGAGACAGAACUGUCAGGGUUUAGUGAUGUCUCACACAGUUCUUUGCUGACAAAAGUCUACCAGUAAUGACACUGCUUUGAUUUGUAGAGACAGAACUGUCAAGAUUUAGUUAUAUCUCACCCAUUCCUCAGCUGACUACAGUCUACUAGAAAUGACACUGCCUUCAUCUGUGGACACAGAACUGUCAGGAUCUAGUGAUGUCUCACCCAGUCCUCAGCUAACUACAGUCUACUAGUAAUGACACUGCCUUCAUCUGUGGACACAGAACUGUCAGGAUCUAGUGAUGUCUCACCCAGUCCUCAGCUAACUACAGUCUACUAGUAAUGACACUGCCUUCAUCUGUGGACACAGAACUGUCAGGAUGUAAUGAUGUCUUACCCAGUCCUCAGCUGACUACAUGAACAAUCAUUGAUUAAUUUCAUCAAAGAAUGAGUAAUUCAUGAGUUUUAGAGACACAUAUCAUUUCAUCUUUUGUAGAUGUUGAUCUGUCAGUCCGAUAACACAUAACAGUCUUAUUGACGUCAUACAGCUUAAGGUUUUUUUACAUAUACUUUUAAAGAAACUUAAACAGUGCUUUUAAAUCAGAAAUCCCUUUUCACUUUUAUCAUUUCAGCGUAUAUUUGCACUACUGUUACAUGUGUUACUGCUUGCUAAACUAAUGUGAUAUUUGAUGUUUUCCUGAAAAUGGUACAUGUGCUAUUUUUGUACAUAUGAAUGGUAUUUUUUAUUAUUUCU